CUCUCUCGCGCGCGCUCUUUUUUUUUUUACCAGGGUUUUUCUCCCCCGUCGUCACUAAGUAAUGUCGCUUUUUAGAAAUCCUCGGACUUGUGUCCAGGCGCGUCCUUUUGUCCUGUCUUGUCAGUCAAAGUCGCGAUCAGCUGGAAUCUGACAGUUCGAGCAACAACACCAUACGCGGACGCUAGCUAGAUAUGCUAGUUAAGUGUGCUAAAAUAAUACCGGGUCUUCACUUAUUUAUUUAUUUUUUGUUUACAUUUGCUGUGUUGUAUUACGGCUCGUUUCGAUACAGUAGAAGAAUUUGACGAUAGUGUAAUGCAGAAGAAGAUGAAAAUGCCCAAGAUGUCCAUCAGGAAUUCAGGAAUCUCUAUUGAGAACAAUUUUGGAGAGGAGAGAAUGCCACUUAGGCAUAAAAAGCCCCUAUAUCAAGACCAUGGCCGCCCCCUCUCCAACUCCUCCAAGAGUCUGGCAGCAGUAGUGGCUCGCCUGGAGAGAAAUGCAGCCAGCUCAUGUAUAGAGGGGGAAGAUGACCUCGAUGAGGACCGGCUCGCUGAGGAGGGAGAGGAUGCAGAUGACGAAGAUGAAGAUAUGGAGGCAGAACAUCAACAUCAUCACCAGCACCAACAGCAUUUGGAGGUGGACACAGAUUGUGUAUCUGAGGCAGCUGCAGCUGUGGUUCCCAGAGUCCUGUACGAGGAGCUGGUUCAUAGUUACCGGCAACAGGAGGAGGAGAUGAGGAGGUUGCAGCAGGAGCUAGAGAGGACCCGCAGGCAGCUGGUACAGCAAGCCAAAAAGCUGAAGGAAUAUGGUAGCUUGCUGACCGAGGUCAAGGAACUGAGGGACUUCAACAGGCGGCUGCAAGAUGUACUUCUCAUGAGACUGGGAAGCGAGCCUAUGCAUGACAACGGUACUCAAACAAUCAAGGCUGAAGUGGUUGAGCCCAUUGCUGAAGCCCAGGAGAUGUGCAGAGAAGAAGCAAACACCAGUUCCAGCUACUCUCCUUCACCCAGAACAGUAUACACCUGCAACGAUGGGAAGGUCCACCUUGGUGGCGGAAUCUGGGUUGAGGAGGAGAAGUGGCACCAAUUGCAACGGACCCAGGGAGACUCCAAGUUUACAAAAAACCUGGCUGUCAUGAUCUGGGGCACAGAAACUCUGAAGAACCGUAGUGUCACUGGGGUGGCCACUAAAAAGAAGAAAGAUGCUCUGCCAAAGCCGCCAUUAUCACCCAGCAAGCUGAAAAUCGUCAGAGAGUGUCUCUACGACAGAGUGUCUCAGGAGACAGCCGACAGCGCAGAGAUCACACAGAGAUUAUCCAAAGUGAACAAAUACAUUUGUGAAAAAAUUAUGGACAUCAACAAGUCCAUCAAAAAUGAGGAGCGACGGGAGUCCAAGCUGCUGAUCAGACAGACAGUCAAGAUGGAGAACUUCACCUAUGAUGGCAUGUAGUAAUCAGCUGUCGUCACGCCAGCACCUUCUGCCCCCUGUGGUUCACAGGAUGUUAGAGGGAUUUUGCGAGGAUCUUAGUCACUAUUUCAAGGGGAGAUGUAUAUGUUAGAAUGCAAUGCUACAAUGUGAAAGGUAACACAAAUAGACAUGAAUACAAAAAGACCAUUACCUUCCUGAGUGUUUGUUUUGCCCAUUGGCAGAUGGACAGCUUUACCCAGCAGUCAUAGAUUGAAUGCAAUAGUUUGAAGCUUUUAAACCGGUGUGAGUGUUUAUAUAAGCUUUUCAGUGGGAUUGGUACAGAAAUGCGUACAUUUGUGUCAAAGUUAUGAUUAGACAUGAUUGUUAAGAGUUAAUUUAUUGUUCUGUGUCAGAACAUCAUUUUAAGUCUAAAAACUUUUAUCUUGGGAAAGUUUAUUUUCCCCAAGAUAAAAUCUUAUACUAUCACGAAGAUGAUGCCAGUCUCACUCGAUCUUGGAUGUGUGAACGGUGUAUAUUUUGGUGAUGAGUCAGGAAAUGCUGGGGAUGUCAGUGUUUACUGUUGGUACUUAAGCGCAUAGAAUGGGACAUUGCUGUCUCAAAUGCACAAGUCUUAAUUGCGCAUUCAGCGAUUCUGUUGCUGGUCGAGAUUAAUUUUGUAU